AUGAACAAGAAUGAUAGCGACGUGGCGUUUUUCGGCGCCAUCGAGUCGCUGUGCAACUCGACAAUAAUCUUCUAUCGAAAUCCGGAACUGACGCGAAUCGACCUCGGACGCCUGUUCUACGCCGAACACUCGCUGAUGAUGUUCGUCGACAAUCCGAAGUUGGUCGAUGUCGUGUUCGGCACGCCGGAAUCGCUCGAGCUCAAAACGCGACAAUACUAUUAUCAGCGGAAAAUCAGUAUGUACUCGAACAACAAUCCGCGACUCUCGUGGCAAUCGUAUGAAUCGAUGCGCGAGAUGUGCAAUGGCCUAUGCGAACUCUGGGAAGGUUGUGUCGAUUUCAAACAAGGUCUCGACACGAUGAUUUCAGCGAGGCACGAGGCGCACGUCUUCGACAUUGGCGAUUAUGAUCGCGAUCCGAUGGCCUAUUAUGAUUAUGAUUAUUGGCUGGUCGCUGGAAGACCGGAACCGGUUGAAGUUGAACGGAGCGCGAGUCGACGACUCGCCGAAUCGAAUUUCAUUGUUGCAUGUGUUCUCCUUGUUCGGUUUUUCUUGAAUACAACGGCUCAAUGA